GAGGAACAGCAGAGGAAGGGAGGCCGGCCCAGCCCGCCCCUAGGCAGGGCCGAGCGCCACAUCCCCCGGGGGGGGCGGUGCUGGAGGCCGGGCCUGGGAAGCCAGACCCGGGGGGCGGCGUAGAGCCGGCGCGGUGCAGCCCUGGCCCGGCCAGGCCCCGCUGCGAUCCCCGGUCUUGGAGUCGUUGCUGUCCCGAGCGGGGCUGGAGCCUCACAGCGGCAACAUGGCUGUUGACUUGGAAGAUGGAGAUGAAAGACUUCAACACAGUGCAAACUCCACAUAUAAACCAGUGAAUACCUCUUACCAAGAAGAAGAGCCUCUGAUUGAGGAGCCAGUGGGGAACAGAUACAUUCUGCACAAGCCUAAAGAUCGCUUAAAUGCUGCCUAUGUUAUUUUUUUCAUCCUGGGUAUUGGCUCUCUGUUGCCUUGGAACUUUUUCAUCACAGCAAAACAAUACUGGAUAUAUAAACUUCAGAACUGCUCCAAUCGUGAGGAUCCGGAGGGAGAUGGAGUCUCCGAUCUCCGUGACUUCUUUGAAAGUUACAUUUCCAUUGCCUCGACUGUGCCUUCAGUGCUCUGCCUGAUUGGAAACUUUGUGCUAGUCAACAGAGUAUCUGCCAGCAUCCGCAUUCUGUCCUCCUUGGCUGUCAUGCUGGCUGUCUUCGUGGUGAUCACUUUGCUGGUGAAAAUGGACACCUCCACAUGGACACAACAUUUUUUUGUCAUAACCAUAUUUUGUGUGGUUAUAGUCAGUAGCGCCUCGACCAUCUUCUCCAGCAGCAUCUUUGGCCUCUCAGGCUGUUUCCCCAUGAAGAAUUCGCAGGCAUUGAUUUCAGGUCAGGCCAUGGGGGGCACACUCAGUGCUGUGGCAUCGGUGGUGGAUCUGGCAGCAGCAGCUGACGUUACAGACAGUGCCCUGGCCUACUUCCUAACAGCAGAUGUCUUCAUCAUUGUCUGCAUGGUAGUAUACCUGAUUCUUCCCAAGUUGGAAUACUCCAGAUACUACAUGAGAAGCCACAAGAGUAGCACAGCCAGUGUACUGCCUAGCAGUUAUUUAGAGGAAGUGGAUGAGUCAGAAGACAUUACCAACAGUGAUCAAUUCAUCCCACCCCUACGUCCUAUCCUGAAGAAGACUGCUGUCUUGGGCUUCUGUGUCUUCUACGUCUUUUUCAUCUCUAUCAUUAUAUUUCCUUCCAUCUCCUCCAGCAUAGAAUCUGUCAACAAGAACUCGGGGAGUUUAUGGACCAAUAAGUACUUCAUCCCCCUCACCAGUUUUCUUUUGUACAAUUUUGCUGACUGGUGUGGACGGCAAAUCACCGCCUGGAUCCAGGCUCCUGGCCCGAAGAGCAAACUGCUCCCUGCUCUGAUCCUCCUGAGGACUUUGUCACUACCUGUAUUCAUGUUAUGUAACUAUCAGCCUCGGAGCCAAAUCAAAAUGGUAGUCUUCAACAAAGAUGUCUACCCAGCUGUUUUCAUUGUACUCUUAGGACUCAGCAAUGGUUACCUAGGUACCUUAGCUAUCAUCUAUGGCCCCAAGAUCAUGCCAAAAGAGUUAGCAGAGGCAACAGGGGUGGUGAUGACAUUUUACCUGACAUUAGGUUUGGCUAUGGGAUCCGCCUGCUCAAUUCUUGUGGUCCAUUUAAUAUAGAAAAGAAGUGGGAAAGUGAACGAUUACUCCCCCUGUGCUUUAUCACCUUUGGAAGUUUCCAAAGGGCAGAACAGAGUUGUAUGACUAGCAUCCACAUUCGUUUGAAGGGCAAGUGAGCCCUAGCCAGCACUGGAGGAAAUGCUUCUGUGCCCUGCUGUACAAGGAUUUGACACUUGUUUGGCACAAGGGAAUACAUAGCUUUCAAUUUUAAUGUCUUGGUGCUGUCUGGGCUGCUCUGUUUCUGGGUUUAUGUUAAACCUCCAAGCUGGGCAAUGGCAGAGCUAACACCUAAUUGUAUUUCAUCACUGAGAGAGAAUUCCUAGAUUCCAAGUAUUCCAAGGAUUUAGUUCAUCCUUCCCUUGCUACUCUUUCAAGGAGUAGUCGUCAUUUUAGAGGGACACUCUGAAGAAUCAGCUAAUACAUUGCAUUUGUAGAGCUGUGCUGACAUAAUUGAGGGCACACAAACAAGAAAGUAAACAAGCCAGGUUAAAAUCCAAACUCCUUAAAAAGAGGAUAAAAAUUCAUGUUUGCUCAUUUAGCAUUGGAUGAUAUUGUUAGGAAAGGAAUUAUUUUCAAGCUUCUAAAAAGUCUGCAGAGCAAAAAAGUAAUUAAAUAUUGACAGUGUCCUUUUCAGCUUUAAAACCCAAUGUGCAGGACAUUUUUGGGGAUUGCUUUAGGUAAAUUAUAACACUGAAGCCAAGGAAUCUCAGAUAUCGAAUUAAAAAGGUGAAGAUGCGAUGAAAAUGUGAAUAUGUUAGGGAUGGUGCUUGAUCAUGUGGUAAAUGCAAGGGAGUGGACUUGACCUCUCGAGGUCCCUUCCAGUUCUAGUAUUUUAUGAUUCUAUGAAUUGGAGUACUUGGGUCGGAUAGUCAUGCCUGUGUAGUUAUAGGGGUUAGUCUCAGUGUUUACUGUCUUGAAGCAUUUUAUAUUAACCUUUAUUAUUGGGGCCCAAGGAAUUAACUCAGGAUUAUGUUAAAAUAUGUUCUUUUUGUCAACUGCCAAGGAGCCUGCAUCCAACACCUACCACAUCAGCGUAUGGAUCCCUGGUGUAUAGUGUUGCAAAAUAGGAAUGUCAGUGUUUGAGACUUCCAUUGUAUGUCUCAAUGCUCCUCUAAUGUACCUUUAAAACUGUAGAUAAUGGCAGAAUAAAGGAAGGCGUGAAGUGGUAUAGGUGCAUUGGGGCUAACAGGAGUGGCCUCUUUGCUAUGAUGUGCCCCACUCUAGUUUUCCUUUUACGGUUAGGGAGUUACCUUCUGUUUGGUCAGCAUCAGGUUGAGGCCACCAGCUGUUGGUUGAAGAAUUUGCUCCUUUCCCCAGGGAACCUAUGGUGUUGCAUUCCUGAAUCUGAUCCUGAUUAAGUCUGGAGGGGCUCAGAAGUUGAGCUGCUGAAAACCAUGUGGACAGGAAGGUUACGGGAAAGCAGCAGAGUUACUUGCUGAACCUGAAGAUCAGGUGAAAUGAAUUCCUCAUUAAGAAGCUCAUAAAUGAGGGCCUUUCUAGUAUGGAGAGAAACAGAGCAUUUGCAGAAAUUCUCAAGGAUCAAACCCUAUUCAAUGCUGUAAUCAUAUCUGUUAUUUUGAUCUUACAUGAACUAU